CGCUUCUUAGAGAUGAGAAAAUCCUUCCCGCAAGGAAAAAGUAGCUUGAAUUGAUCGGCUUAGAUGAAUCUCGCCUUUUUUUAAGAGGGUCGUGUUAUGAAUUUACGACUUAGCGAUUUACGACCGAAGACGGGAAUAACAACGUAAAAGUAGAAUUGGCCCAGCUUGGAAUUCUUCAUCUCAAUGGCUAUGCUGGGAACGAAGACGCUCCGGUUAUUCCUCGGUGGAUCCUACACCAUCCAAAAAAGGCUGUCACGUAAAAGACGGACUGGCAAUAGCCCAUCCUCAUUGGCACUACUAAAAUUCUUCAUCAGUCAAGGAAUGACAAUAGAAAAAAAGGGAAAAACAACGUUGCGUUUUCAAGAUUCCACGGAAGUGAAUAUCCGACACUUGACGACAGGUGCUCCUUGUCCCUUUGGUACCGUGUCUUUAUUUUUGUCCUGGAGGACUGAUUGGAUCUCACAAAAAUCAGCAUGCAUUGUAUUGAUGUCAGCAGGUGAGUGUACCCGUAUUCUCGACUGACUGACCGACCAGCAAGUUUUGCCGAAACAACAGCAGCCGUCAGCCGAAGGAACCAAGCAACUGAGAGCUCCUCCCACCCGAUUCGUCUCUGUGACUCUUUCGGUUUUGCCGAGGAAACGCAAUCUGCCCGCAUGGAACAUCCCUGCAGCCAGUUGUAGUACCUCUCGAACCGCUUACCCAGUCGCAUGUCCCGCUGCUCAUUUCCCAGCAAAAUCCGUGUUCAUCCGUCUUCUUGGUGUUCCUCGUCUGGAAGAUCAUUUACAUCCGAGGCACACGGGGGUCAGCUCUAAAAGGUCCAAGAAGAAGGAAUGGUGAGAUACCGCCCGGAAGCCGGUGAACGGGGCUACACAUUCCGAUUGGUGAACAACAACGGCAACAACGGUGAUGUGAACGGCGGUAGCCCAACCGGAACUCUCAUAUCGGAUCACAGUGGUGCGUCGACACUGGAUAGUUCCGUGUACAAGGAAAGAAUCGAUAGCCUCUUCCGACAGCAACAUCUUCGCCGCCACGCUAACGAAACGCAAAAACCUUUGGUCGAGGAAGAAGAUGACGCGGCUGUAAAUGAACCAACCAUGGAACAUUUGCAACUUCACUUCCAAAAAGUGUUGGCUGAACAACGCGGAAACGUUGCGUCACCAGUUCCAGCCACUCCGUCCACUAAGAAUCAUUCAACUACAUACAUUCAGGUCAAUAACCACGUGAAUCACACGUUGAUGCGGGAAUCAACGCCUGAGAGUCGAGCCCAGCGUUUCAACGAGGCUCGCACAGCCGUUCAGGCGCAAAUCGAGAAGAUGUUCCAAGAUGCAUCAACAACCAAUGGCCAGCAACCGAACAAAACGGCUAUGAACCAUCACGUCUCCACGUCGUCACCGUCGACCGUAAACGAUCCGAGUUCAUCCGUUAUCAACAUAACCAAUCAUAAAGCGGUGAUCAAUGUUCGUUCCGACUACCCGUUACCUCCUACCCAAAAAGCAGUGCAUAACAAGCAAAAUGUUCCUCUUCCACCCAUUCCGGCCGUGCCACCACCGUCGCCUCCCUCCUCAUCAGCAAUGACCAACACCAAUCAGUACAAAGUUGAUUAUCUUGGCUCGUUAUCGCUACCAGGCCGUGCUACAAGCCUGGAGUCGCUCCAGUUUCCAUUGAAAGAGCUUUACAGCCAAUAUCGGCAGCAUGAAAAUGCGAACAGGAAUCAAAUCUACCGCGGCACAAUGGAAAUUUCUCCAGCCGGUUUGAAAAUCCAAUACUAUUUGUCAGACAGUCGUAGACCCAGCGUUCCGCAGGAGGUCUUAAACCCAUUUCCCACUAUUGCCGUUUGGGCGGCAGUCAAAUUCGUGGCACGUACAGAAUCAACGGGUCGAAAGUUUGCCUUCCUACCACUCAUUUGCGACCCGGAGAACCAGGACAAACAGAAUCUUUUCCACCCGCUGAGUGCGGCUGAUGAUGGCGAUUGGGUAACUUCGCCUACCUUUCAUCCCCCAUUGUUCACCUGUGUGAUGCGCAAUACACAAGCUCCUAAAGACCUGGAAUGCCACGCUUUCGUUUGCGACAAUCCAGAGGAUGCCAUUGUAAUUGCGGCAAAUCUAUAUCAAGCUCUGCUGCGUAAUAUGAAAAACAAUGAAUCGUCACAACAGCAGCCGCAGCAACAACCACCACCACCGCAACAACAGGCACCACCUCCGCCGCCGACAUCUGCUACUCCCGUUAACAAAAUUGCGCAGCCCAUCUACUCGCCUUCAACCAGUGUCUCUAAUUGGAGCGAGAGUUCAGUCACUUCGAGUUUCCAGCAACCAGUUCGCCCACCGCGACGCAAAAAAUCUACAAAGCCUUUGGAUGGAGGCCUUGAAAGACGGAAGAGUAUCCGGCGAAGUCAAAAUAAAACUAGAUCUUCGCAAGGCAAAGCGAAUUUACGUCGAAGUAUGCGUAACGCUAGCCAACGGAGUAACACUGGCCGUGUUGUUGUUAAACGAAGCGUGUCUGAGCGACAUUUGGGCGAGGUAUUAACGUCAGAUGGGUUGGAUGGGCCGGAUCAAAGUAACAAUGGAGACAUACUCACUAAAGUAGCCAUUCCGCGAAGCAAGAGUUUCAUGACCGUUCCACAGCAAAAUUACUCCUUUUCCGAACUUUUUGAAGAAUUAAAGAAACGUGAAGGUGUCCGGAGUGUAGACGAUGUUCUGAAAACAAUAGUCAAUAAAGACCGCAUGUCUUUCAAUGAUUUGACGCCAGCCUACAAAGAAAUGUUGAUGAAAUUGGCUUUGACGCUCAGCAAGGACGAGAUGUUCCAGCGCUCUAAGAACAUUAUGAGACAUCAGACUAGUAAUUUGAGUAAAACGAAAUCCAAGGGCAAAGCCGACGUAACCAGAAAUGAGACAAACAAAUUGGCUGCAAGAGAUUCCGAUGCUGAGCACAGCACCAGUUCUUCACGCAUCAGUAGCGUCCUGCGAGCUACCAAGAAAUCUUUCUCCAAGUGGGGCGCAGCUCGCUCCGUUUCAACUGGUUAUUCGGUUACCAAGGAAGAGAAGCAAGCAUCCGAGCCUCAAUUAAUUAAGAACAUAAAAAUCAUUAAGAGCCCGGAGCCCUCCAUUGUUUCCGUGGCUCCAUUGGUUUUCCCGACCAAGCAUUUCAAUCCCAAGACGCCGUUGCCACCGAGGUCUGUUGUCGCCAACAACAAGAACGGCAUCGUCAACAAAGCGCCUGAUUACAGCGCAUCCUGUUCUGAAUGCGGCUAUGACAGUGAAUCUUGUUCGCAUAAAUGCUAUUGUUCAUUCAACGAAACACAAUCGCAAGACACCACUGAUUACAGCGACGCUGAACGAUGUUACUGCUCGUUAAAGAGAAUCAGCAAGUCGAGUGGGGCUCCAGUUUAUCGCAUUCGUCUCGACUCUGAUGAUACAGACACUAGCCACGACAGUUUGCCCGAUCCGGCUGUCAGGCAUCCACCUCACAUUAAACCUACAAAGAAUCGUCCGAAUUAUGCAAGAAAAUCGUCCAGUAUGACGUCGUGGUCUGCUUUAUCUGGAGCCGAGUCGCCAUUAACGGCCUGGCGAAGAAAUACGGCUAAUUUGCAACAUUCCGCUCCAGCAACGACAACUAAACCUUCCGCGCAUCCCCAGUCUACCCGCUUUACAUUGUCCAGCGCAUCUUCUUUAAGGCAAAAGAGUUUAAGCUCUUAUUUAAGUGACACGUCAUUGGAUUCGGAUGUCGUAGCCAUGACUGAGCCGGCUCACAAAUCGGCUAACGGCAAAAGUUCAUUCGCUAAGCAGCCGGAGAUUUUACGCAGGAAAAGCCGUAGUUCGUAUUUAUCUAGCGAGACGGAAAUGGAUUCGACCAGUUGCAACAGUUUCGUUCGUGGUCCAAUCUCGCUGACCAAUCAGCAGCAGCGGUUACAGCGCAAAACCAGCCCAGCCGAAUCGGUCGGCUAUCAGAGUUAUGAUUCGACGGGAAGCAGUGGUCGGACGUCUAGGAAUUUCAGCUUAGAAAAUCUGAGUUCCGUUAGCGACGACAGAAGGAAUUCGAAUUCUUCGAGCGAUAGAUCGCUAAAGUCACAAAACUCGGUCCGUGGCAAUAAAUUUUUGAUGGUGUCGGCAGUGGACCCCAAGGGCAAGAUCGUUUACCGAGGCACGUCCUCAGCUGGUUCGACCCACCAUAGCCAACAUCACCACCGCUCCGUCGCCAAGACGGUGCCGGAAGGUGCGUUGUCGGCCAAGAAGACGACCGAGAUAGCGGCCAUGUUUUCCAAUAUCAAGCUCAACCAGACAACGGACAUCGUCAUCGACGAUAGCGAGGUCACCGAAGACACGGCGUCGGAGAUUUCCACAGAUGACGCCUACAGCUCGAUGCAUUAUCGAGGCGCAGUCCGGAAUAAUAAGAAUGGGUUUUCGAAGCGAAGUGAAUUAGAAAAUUCCUUGGGAUACCUUCCAUAACAUUUUUCCCACAAAAACCUUUUUCUUUUUUUGGCUAAAUGCUUAACCCUGAGCUAAGAUAUUAACUCUUUCUCUCUUUAUUUAAAAAAAGGAAAGAAAAAAGAAAAAAAAAAGGAAAAUACGAUAAUAAAAUAGGAAUGGUGUCGUACCGAACAAGGCCUCCCGCAUCUCUACGGCCGCAGUAUAGAGAUGUCGAUGAGGAAUGGUUUAAUUAAUUUAUAUAAGACUCGAGAAAAGAAAAAAACAAAGCUAAAACUUUUUAACUAUAGCCAUUAAGAAAGUUAUAUGAAAUGUACAGUCUUAACCUUUGUUUCAAAACUCAAUAAAAUAACAAGAUAAA